UAGAAAGACUAUGAUGAAAACUACUUGUCCACAACCUGCUCCUUGUUAUGUAUCAAUCAUCACCACAGAGAAUCUUCAUCAUUGCUUAUAUCAUCAUCAUCAUCUUCACCAUCACAUCAUCAUUAUAACCAUCAUCAUUGUCAUUUUCACCAUCACCAUCAACAUUACCAUCAUCAUCAUUGUCAUCUUCACCAUCACUGUAACCAUCAUUAUUACUAUCAUCAUCUUCACCAUCGCCAUCACUAUAAUUAUUACCAUCAUCUUCACCAUCACCAUCAUCAUCAUCUUCACCAUCACCAUCACUACAACUAUCAUCAUUGUCAUCUUCACCAUCACCAUCACUAUUGCCAUCAUCAUCAUCUUCACCAUCAUCAUCACUAUCAUUACCACCAUCAUUAUUAUAAUCUUUACCAUCACUAUUACCGUCAUUAUUACCAUCAUCAUCUUCACCAUCAUCAUCACCAUCACAAUUACCAUCAUCAUCAUCUUCACCAUCACCAUCAGUAUAAUUAUUACCAUCAUCAUCGUCUUCUUCACCAUCACCAUCGUCAUCACUAUAACCGUCAUCAUUGUCAUCUUCACCAUCACCAUCACUAUUACCAUCAUCACGAUCUUCACCAUCAUCAUCACUAUCAUUAUUACCAGCAUCAUCAUUAUCAUCUUUACCAUCACUAUCACCAUCAUUACCAUUGUCAUCUUCACUGUCAUCAUCAGCAUCACUAUUACCAUCAUCAUCAUCAUCUUCACCAUCACCAUCACCAUAAUUAUUACAGUCAUCAUCACCAUCAUCAUCAUUGUCACUGUGGAGACUAUUAUCACCAUUGCAACCACUUUUUACAGCGUCAUCACUAUCUUCAUUAUUACCAAAAACUACACAAGCAUUUUUGCAAAAGGCUCAACAGAGAGAGUGACCCUGCCCCUGUCUGUGGGACAACUUGGCAUCGAUGAUUAUAACACAUAAUCUUUGCUAAGCAUUUACCGCAUGCCAGAUAAAGAAACGAAGGCACUGAUAGGAAGACCCUGAGAGAACAGCAUGGAAUGAAUGAAUUAUCAUAGCGAAAAUGCCAACCAUGUCUGAGCUGCUGGGAGAAGAUGGCCCCCGGCCCAGGCCUAGAGUACACGGGUAAACAACUGAUAUUUUCCCAAGUCGUUGAGUUGGAUUAUUCUAGUUCUUCCUGGAAAUACAAGCCUGCACAUCCUUCUUCCAGGCAGCUUCCCUCACCCUCCAGACACGAGAGCAAGAUCUAGGCCUCUGAUUCAUGCCAUGGUCCAGUAUCAUGCCUGCAACAUGUAGCUGCUGAAUGAAUGAACAAUGAAAAUCCUGAUUGCUCUCUGAUACUACUACUACAGGUCUCAGCAUCUUCCAGACUCUCAGCUUUCCCCUCUGAAAAAUGGAAAUAAUACUCCAAAUUUUUCUAUGAAUAUUAAAAAAACAAAUUCUUCCU